AUGUUCCGGUGGAGUUUGUUAGCGCUGACAGCGCUGGUUGUAUUCUCAAAUGCAAUUGAUACACAUUCACGUUUUCAACCGAAAAAGCCUAGGAUCGCUGAAUAUCAACCUGGACAUGCUGUGGAUAGUGAUGAAAUGGUCAACAACCUCCUGCAAUGGAUCCAAGGUUUAUACCAACAGAAGAAUAGGAAAGCACGACAGUACUUUGGAGGCAAGCCAGAAAGACCAAGGCCAUUUGAACCUGCAUCUUAUCUACCACCAACUGGUUAUCCUCCGUCAGGCAAUCGUCCAACGCCUUCGUACAGCGAGGGUCCAUCUCCUUCCAGUCCAAAUUAUCAACCUAGCUCGCCUUUCUUUUCAAGUCAACCGGAGCAACCAUCAUCGGAGCCAAGCCAACCGCCGUACCAGCCAAGUGAACCUGGCUACCAACCUAGUCAGCCAACCUCAUCACCUUAUCAACCAAGCAAACCCUCCCAACCUUUGUAUAAGCCCAGCCAACCAUCAGUGCCUUCUCAACCUAGUCAACCAACCCAAUCUCCAUAUGAACCAAGCAAUCCUUCUCAACCAGAUUACCAACCUAGUCAACCGUCAAAGCCUGUUAACGAAGUAACUUCUUCAUAUCAACCUAAUAUAUCUACGCAACAGCCUGAAAGUCCUGACAACGGUAAUGUUGAAAUUACACCAUCACAACUUCCUUCUGGGCCAGACGAUGAUGACCGUCACCCACCACAUAUUCAUGAUAUAACAGUUGACUGUGGCAAGCAAAUGAUGACCAUUAAUAUAGAAUUCAACAAAGUUUAUAAUGGAAUUAUCUACUCGCAAGACCAUUUCAAGGACUCCGACUGUGUCUACGUGAGAGAAAACUCCAAUCAAAUUAAAUAUUCUUUUACCGUCAAUCUUGAUAAAUGUGGCACAAAGUUCUUUAGUGAUUUCGAAAAUGAAGGGCAAGCUUAUUUGGAGAAUAUAUUGGUUCUUCAAAACGAGCCUGGUAUACAGGAAGUCUGGGAUCAUAUCCGUCGGGUGAGAUGCCUCUGGGAAGGAAACUUAACCAAGCAGUUAGUAUCAUCACUUAGUGUUGGAAUGCUUAAUCAAAUUACAAGUAACUUCAGCGGUGACACUGCCAUGGCGCGGUUGGACAUUCAAGCCGGAAAAGGACCAUUCGCUCCUGAAGCUAACGGCUUAAUCAAAAUCGGUGAAAUAAUGACAUUGGUAGUAUCUGUUACAGGCGAUCCAGGUUUCGAUAUUUUAGUAAGAGAGUGCGUAGCAAGAGAUUCUGGCAACAAUCACGUUGUACCCUUAACUGAUUCUAAUGGCUGUGUGCUAAAACCGAAACUAUUCGGAUCAUUCCAGAAGACAAGAGAAACGGGUAAUACAGGAGCUUCCAUCAUAGCUUACGCCUAUUUCAACGCAUUCAAAUUUCCUGAUGAAAUGGACUUGAUAAUCCAAUGCGAAGUUGAAUUAUGUAAGACUGAUUGCGAAGUCUGCCCUAACCCUGGAAGUACAGAACCGAGGAGGAAAAGACGUGAUAUUAUCCACGUUGGUAAUAGAACAUAUGAACCAGUUACGACUAUCGAAAAAGGUCUGAGAGUGGUCUUCGCUGAAGAUCUCCCACAUGAGACCGGUAUAUGUAUUUCGUCCACAGUCGCAUUAUGGGGUGGAUUUUUAGUUUUAGCCGGAUCAUUAAUGAGUAGUUUAUCUGUAUCCUACUGCUGGCACAGAUCGCGUGGAUCUAUUAAAUUUUAA